AUGAGCAGUGAAAAUCAGCCUUCUUAUACCCUUCGAUUCGACGGUUCAUCCGAUGGAAAUCCUGGACCAGCUGGUGCAGGAGCUAUACUGUUUGCUAAAGAUGGGAAUGUGGUUUAUCGAUUCCGGGAAGGACUAGGAUAUCAAACAAAUAAUGCUGCUGAGUUUCGCGCAUUAAUUUUAGGAAUGAAACAAGCCAUAAAGAAAGGGUUUAAGAACGUCAUUGCGGAAGGAGACGGACGACUUGUUAUCAAUCAGUUCCAGGGUUUAUGGACAAUCAGUGAUGCGGAUAUAAAGAUGCUACGUGAUGAGGCUUUGGAGUUGAAGGGUAGGUUUCAAUCAUUCCGCAUGCGACACAUUCCUGAGAGCUAUAACAGUACAGCUGAUUCUCUAGCAAACCAGGCUAUUGAUCUUGGAGAUGGUCAAGUUGAAGAGGAGAGUCUUGGUUAA